AUGAUUAGUUAUUUUAGUUAUCAUAAUAUUGAUUCAUGUAAUCCCACAGUUAUAAGAGAUGAAGAUGACUUUAAUUUAUUUAUUGUUACUACCACUGUAUCUUUAUCUAAUUAUUAUCAACUAUCAUUAUCAACAAAUAAUUAUAUUAUUAGAAAUAACUAUAACUCAUCAAAUAUUCAUAGAGUAUAUACAUAUCCUAAUCAAUGGUUAAAAUAUGAAUCAUCAAAUCAAAUAACAUUCAAUAUUUAUAGAAAGAAAGAACCAUAUCAAAGAAUUGAAUUUAGUUUAACAAUUGAACAAUCAAAUGAAGGAACAACAUUAAUUAAAGAAGUAGAAAAUAAUGAUAAAUCAAUUUCAACACUAAUUAUUUCUUCUUCAAAACCAUUAACUAAUUUAAAUGAUAUAAAAUUUUCAGAAACAACAUUAACAACAAAGAAAAGUCAAAUAAUGAUUAUUGGAAUGAAAGGAAUAACAUUAGAUAGUAUUGGAUAUAAGAAUUGUAAUAUGAUGAUUUAUAAAGAAAAAACAAAAGAAUAUAUUCAAUGUGAAAAAGGAUAUUAUUUAAAUUCAAAUAAAGAAUGUCAAUAUGAUUCACAUUGUAAUAAAAUAAAUAACCAAAAUCAUUGUAUUGAAUGUGAAUAUGGAUAUUAUCUUAAUUUAAAUACAAAAACAUGUGAAGAAUUCAAAAAUGGAUGUAAAAUUGGAAAUGAAACAUAUUGUUAUCAAUGUAAAGAAGAAUUUAUUAAAGAAAAUGGAGAAUGUAAAGAAAUUGAUAAUAAAUGUAAUAAAUCAGAAAGAAAUUAUUGUUUAAAAUGUUCAAAUGGAUAUAAAAUACAAAAUAAUCAAUGUAAUGGAGAUAAAGAAGAUCAAUGUUAUUAUGAAGGAAAUAAAUGUGUAUCAUGUUCAAAUAAAUAUACAUUAAAUAAUGGAAAAUGUUCAAAUAAAGAAAAGAAUCAAAAUGGAAAGAAUGAAGAAAUAUAUUGUGAAAAUGGAAAAUACAUUAAUAAUAAUAAAUGUAUAGAAUGUUCAAAAUCAGAAAUAUGUCAAACAAAUGAUAUUGAAAUAAAAUGUAAAUAUGAAGAAUAUUUAGAUAAUAAUAAAUGUAUAAAUAAAACAUGUGAAGAAGAAAAGAUAAAAAAUCAAAAUGGAAAAUGUAAUAAUAAUAUUUCAUAUUGUUUAAAUAAAUCAUAUGUUAAUGGAAAAUGUGUUGAAUGUUCAAAUACAUAUUCACCUAAUUUGAACGGAGAAUGUAUUAAUACAAAAAUAGAAUAUUGUGAAGAACAAAAUGGAUAUGGAUGUAAAAGAUGUGAAGAAGGAUAUUAUUUAACAAGAGACAUGAAAUGUUUAAAAUGUGAUGAUAAAUGUGAAACAUGUUAUGGAACACCUACAUAUUGUAUGAGUUGUUCUAAUGAUAAAUAUUUAAGAAAUGAUAAAACAUGUCAAUCAAAUGAAGAAUUAAAUGGAACAUGUUUACGAAUAUUAGCAGAUGGAAGUGGAUGUGGAAUAUGUAAGAAUGGAUAUUAUAGAAAUGGGAAAGGAUGUUCAAAAUGUGAAAAAGAAUGUUUAACAUGUAAUCAAAAAGAUAAAUGUAUAAAAUGUGGAGAAGGAUAUUUUAUGAGUUCAACAGGAAUAUGUAAAUCAACAACAACAAUUAAAGGAUGUAAAGGAGAAAUAGAUAAAGAAUAUGGAUUAAAUAAAGAAAUCAGAGAAUUAAUAUGUAUUGGAAAUGAAAAGAAAGAAAAAAAGAAAAUACAAAUAAGUAGUAAAGAAGAAAAUGAAAAAUAUUCAAUUAGAACAAACCCAAAUAUUAUUACAAUUGAAGGAGGAUAUGCAUGCGAAUUUGAAAUAUUCAUUACAAUCAAAUGUACUACUAAAAUUAAAGAACAAAUAAUGAUAAUUAGUAAAACACUUAAUAAAACACAAGAAGAAAUAAUUAAAAGUAUUUCAAUUAAAGGAGAAACACAAAUAUCAACACGACUUGAUCCGGAUGAAAUAAAAGAAGAACAUAAAAUAGGAGAAGGAUCAUUUGGAAUUGUAUAUAUCGGAGAAUUUAGAGGGAAUCAAGUAGCAAUUAAGAAAAUGAAACAAAUUGAUAAAGACGAAGAUAAAAUGAAAGAAUUUGAGAAAGAAGUAAUGAUGUUAGAUAAAUUUAGAAGUGAAUAUAUCAUUCAUUUUUAUGGAGCAGUAUUUAUUCCUAAUAAAAUAUGUAUGGUAACAGAAUAUGCAAAAUAUGGAUCAAUACAAGAUUUAAUUAAUAAAAGAACAAACACGGAAAUACCAAAUAAAAUAAGAAUUAAAUUCAUGAUAGAUGGAGCAAAAGGAAUUUCAUAUCUUCAUUCAAAUGGAAUACUACAUCGAGAUAUUAAACCAGAUAAUUUUCAUGUUGUAUCAAUUGAUGAUAAUAUUGGAAUUAAUUGUAAAUUAACAGAUUUUGGAAGUUCAAGAAACAUUAAUAUGAUGAUGACAAAUAUGACAUUCACAAAAGGGAUAGGAUCACCAAAAUACAUGGCACCAGAAAUAUUAAAUCGAGAACAUUACAAAAUGGAAUCAGAUAUAUAUUCAUAUUCAAUAACAAUGUUACAAAUCAUUACAUGGAAAGAUCCAUUUCCUAAAGAAAUAUACAAUUUUCCAUGGGAUAUUGCAGAUUCAAUCACAACAGUAAAAGGCCACCAAUAA